UAAGAUUUUAAGUUCUAGUCGUAGUUGAAAUUUAACAAGUUGCAAAAGUCAAAAUUGGGAAAAAAUGGCGCCUAACGAACCCCAUACUAUUUAAAUACCAAUUGGAAUAUGUAAUUCUAGAGAGAGAAUUUAAUUCUAAGAGAUGGGAAAUUGUUUAAUGGGAAAUUGUUUAAGAAAUACUAUAAUAAAGUCACCCAAGCCGGCGAAGGUGAUGAAAAUCGACGGCCAGACAAUGCAAUUCAACACUCCGGUCAACGCCGGCGAGGUGGUGAAGGAAUAUUCCGGCCUCAUUUUGCUAGAUUCGGAGUCGGUUAAGGAACAGGGGAUCCGAGCCAAGCCGCUAAGGCCGGAUCAACAGCUGCAACCCGAACGUCUCUACUUCCUGGUGGAGCCGCCGCCGCAGCUUCCGGCGGCGGAGAGAUUUCCGAGGCGCGUCCGGUCCGGGAUCCAAAUGAGCGCCAAGGAUCGGCUCGAGAGCUUGAUGCUGGCUCGCACCAGAUCGGCGUCGGAUAUGACGUCCGCGAAGUCGUUGGCGGCGGCGCGUCAGCAGACGGAGGACGGCGGCGUGCGGCUGAAGCUGCGGAUCCCCAAGGCGGAGCUGGAAAAGUUGGUUACGCAAAGCGAUCGCGACAGCGAGGCCGUUGAGAAAAUCAUGCGGUUUUGCGUGGAGCAAAACGGGAAAGUAGUCGGGUCAGACGAUUCGGGUCUACUUAAAAACCCGGCUUCGCAUUCGGGUUUAUUAAAGAAAGGUCCAAAAUCGGGUGAGAAACGGGUAGGUUUCGGAGAGAUUCAACAUGUAGCUUAAGCUUCCCCAUUAUAAGAGACAGCUCAAUCUAGUCCGUUCUGAUCUGGUCAAUUUCAGUUCAACCCGAUUCUCUAUUCAAGACCGAAUGUAUCUCGACUUUUAGAAAACAUGAUUGCAAUCCCAAAUUGGGACAUGCUUGGUUGAAGGGGAGAGAGAAAGAGAAGGAUAGUGAUUCCCUCCCUGCCUUUGUUUAGCUUAAUAUUUUGUGCAGGGACGAGUGAGGGAGAACAAGAAAACUUAUCAUGAAUU